CACAGAAUAGUAACGGACGGACGUGUGCUCGCGCGUCGCGAAGAAAGAAUUUUUAUUAUUUUCUCUGCUUCUGGGAGAGAGGAGUGGAGAGGUGGCGGUGGUGCGCGCAGCAAAUAAGAAAGAAAUUUGUGUAUUGCAGCAGAAGUUUUCGCUGCGCACAGGCUGUGCCGCUUUUGCUUGCGAGACUAGAUAAAGAGUAAAGCGAAGAUUUACACUUCAUAAAUAUUCACAUAACAAAGAAAAGUGACCCCACAAAGUGAAAAAUCUUUAGUUAGCGCAAUCCAAAAAUAAAAAACGCUAAGUUCAAGGUUUAUUUCCAUGCCCGAAGUUCAAUACAAAAUUACAAAAAACGAAAAAAACUGUUGUGCAGAUUUUUUGUAUACACUGCCGCGCGUGUGUGACUGUGUGUGUAACGACUGUGCUGUGCGUGUGUGAGUGAAUUGGUGGAACUGAGCUGCAUUUUUCCAAUUUCCCAACAACACUGGCCAAUUAUUGAAUUAAUGCUUAAAUAACAAGAAGAAAUAUAUAACAUUGUCUCGAUAUCUGUGGAAAAAUAUCUAAACCCAAUUACUCAGUUUGCUCUCAGUUUAAUUCGAUUGACACAGAGGCGGCAGCAGGCAGAGCGCGAGCGCAGGCAGAGCGCUAGCAGAGCAGCCCCAACAUAAUACACAAGUCGACAGACUUAACUUUGCUCACUACGGUUGGUGGUGGGAGACACACACGAAACAACAACAACAGUGAAGAGAACGAGAGCAACAACAACAAGAGCGAAGAGACAAAGCCUCUCAUCUCUGCUUUUGCGCAGACAAACGCAGUGAAUUCGCCGCGUCGUCGUGUUUCGCUGCUCAGUUGCAGCGGUCGCCGUUUGUCGCUGUUUGGAAACACCUUGCUCCAAUAUUUUGCCGCUCCCCCUUGAUCACGACGCCGACGACGACGACAACGAAGUUCGCAUACGACAACGACGACUACGAGGAGCAGCGGCAGCAGCAGAGUAACAACGACGACGUCGUCGCAAUCGUCGUCGCAGUCUCAGUUUCGAUUCGUGCGCGUAUUGCGAUUAUUCUUGCGCUGCUUGCUGCCCCUGCAGCGGAAAAUUCGUCUGAAAAUCACACCAGCAACAACAAGAAUAAUAAUAGCAGGGCAGCAUUUGUGUAAUUUUCCAAUGCUGCUUGGCUACGCUUUGCACGCGAUUCCCUUAAAUUUGGAUACGGCUGCAGUUGAAGUUGCUGCAACGCAAAGAACAGCAGCAACGAUAGCAACAACAACAGGAAAAGCAACUUUAACAUUGUCGCCGUGUCGCCAGCGUCGCAGCAUCGCAAGCUCGCCAUGUACUACAAGUAUAACAACUACAACACCAACAACAACGACAGCAGCAGCAGCAGCAGCUUCAACAGCAGCAGCAGCAGCGACAGCAACAUUGACGCCGACAUAGAACAGCAGCAGCUUCAAGCAGCCAGGACGAGAAGGACUUCUGCUGUUGGCAUGAGCACGCGUGCGAGCACGAACAGGAACAUGAAUACAAGCAACAACAGCGGCUGCAGGACCACGUCCAAGACGAGAGCAAGAGCCAUGUCGUUAAUCUAUUUACCGCCUUUCUGCUAUCCAUGUGGACAUUCGCCGGAGGCCAACGUCGAGCAGUUGAGCGGCGGUUGCAGCUGCAGCUGUUGUUGUCAGCCCUGGGAACAUACAAAUUAUGAUAAACAUGCCUCAGCCACAACGAUGACAGCAGCCACUGCAACGGCAACAGCAACAGCAGAGGUAGCAACAUCUACAACUACAACAAAAACAACAACAAUAGCAUUAUCAUCAUCCUCAUCAGCUGCGUCGUCUGAGGUGGCGCGCAAAUUCCUGCAGCGUGAUAUCCAGUUACCCAUGGACUGCAUCGAUCUCAGACACGAGCAGAAGGCGUCGCAAUUAGUUAUGCCAAUUGUAGGUGGAGACGAAGCUGUAGAUGGCAAUGCCAGUGGCAACGGCAACGGCAACGUCUUGGAAUGUGUUGCGGCUGUGCGGCGCCAGCGACGUGAACGAAUGCGACGCGAACGAGAACGACAAAGUCAUGGCGUGGCGAUGUCGCUGGCCAUGUCGCUGGCAAAUCCAAUCAGCAGUGCAACAACAAACAAUUCGCAAACAACGACAACAACAACAACAACAACAACUGCGCUGGCCACAACUGGCGAGACGCUGCCACAUGAUGCAGCUCAUGAUGACGCCAAUGACGAUACUCAAGGCGACGAUGAUGAUGAUGAUGAUGUUGAUGAUGAUGAAUGUAGGUGCUUUAACUAUAACGGUGAUAUUAGUGCGCUGGAACGACUUGAGCAGGAGCAAGAGCAGGGACAGGAGCAGGAUUCGCAGGAACUUCCUAGCAUUACGUGGCUGAAAUUCUGGCAGCAGCUGCUGCACAGCGUCUCUAACUCUGACUCCAACUCCAACUUCGACUCUAGCUCCAAUGCGACAACACAAACAACGAAGAUGACGACGGCCACGACCGCAACCACGACCACGACCACGACGAGGAGCAGGCAGCAGCCAAUCACAAGGAUGAACACAACAACGAGUAGCAGCAGCAGUAGCUGUAUCAUCAGCAGCCACAACAUCAGCAGCUACAGCAUGACAUUGGCAAAAAGUUGGCUGGGUGCGCUGAUGCUGACGAUGCUGCUGGCCACGUCCGUGAGCGGUUGGGGCGGUCGACAAGAUGCGCCCACAAAUUGCACAUUUCCGGCACGUUGGGAAGGCUCCUGGUUCCUAUCGGGCUAUCAGCAAUCCAUACACAUCAAGGGCUCACAGUUCAGCUAUCGCGGCAGGUGUGCGGCCUCCGAUGGUAACAAAUAUCUGAUAGUCGAUGAGAAAGGAUGUCAUCGUUGCCUGGUUAUCUAUGAGAAGCAUAAAAAUGUGCUCCAGUAUAAAGAAAGUGAGUGCGAAGGUGAUAGUAUGUAUAUGCAUCAGUCGAAUCCAUCUGCACUGGCGAUGCGUAGCUCUAUAAAACAAAGUGAUCAUAGGGGGGGAGCUCAUCCCAAUACGAACGGGCAUUCAAGACUAUCAUCAUCGGAUCAGUACAUAAUGAGAUCCAAUGACGAUAUGAAUGAUUGUCCCCCAGACUUUUGCAAGGGCCGUGAGACUUUACAGAAUCUCUGCGAUCAAAUUCCUGGCGAUGCUCUGCUCUAUUCACUGUUCCGUGAGAGCGCCGAACCGGUCAAAUGUCCGCUAAAGGGUCCCUUUAUAUUCACAUAUAAUCGCGGCCAUGGGGAGUGCAAGUCCCCGGUGUCGAACAUUGAGAGCUGCACCGAAGAAAGCCGUCUGCUUUUGAGUUUUCAGGCUUGUCCCGACGUCCAGGGCACUGAGAGCACGGUCGAGGAGCUGACAUGCCUGGCAACCUGGAAGGAUGGCAACUCACGCUAUUUGGUCGGUCUCGUCUCCCAUCAUCAUGCCAUUUCCAAUGAGGAACGUUAUCGCUGCUUUGUUUACGAGAAAAUCUCCUCGUUGAUGGGCGGUCCCAGCAUGCUGAGCUCCAAAGAUGCCGAGUAUAAGCUGGCACAAUCCGGCGACGCCACUUGCAAUGGCUUAGACAGUGCUGAGGUUGGUUCACGUAUAAUGUCGCUGCGAAAACCGCCAGCGGCUGAGCGCUGCGAUUUUCCCGCCUGGUUCAAGGGUCCGCGACACUGGCAUGCACUUAUGGGGAACGCUGUCUACAAUUAUCAUUCCAAUGAUGGCUCUGUGCACAUUAUUAAGCCCAACGGCUACAUGGAGACACGUGCCCUUUGCGAGCAGAUAAACAAACAGACCUCAACCGAAAUGAUGGCCGUGGUACACUAUACAACUGGCUGCCAAUCGGGCUUUAUGUGCAUGAUGUUUUACCGUCGGGACACGCACGUCAUUGAGAUACAAACAGGAAAGCCGGCCUCUCGUCUAGAGGAUGCCUGUGCACCAGAUCACUUCGACUUCAAUAAGAUGGCCUACAUUACUUUGCUGGCAAGCAAUCCGGAACCGCAUAUUUGCCCCAUGGAAGGCCUGUACAAUCUGAGAGGCGCAAUUGGGCCACCCUACCUGGUCACGCGCCACAAGCGCAAUCACAAUGGCAAAUCACAUCUUGGACAUGGCCAUCACCAUCACGAGAGCAGCUCUGAUUCUGGGGAUUUUGGCCACAAGGGGCACAGUACACUGAGUUUUCGAAAUGCCGAGCGCAUGGAACGCGACUCCUGGCAUGCCAACACUCGCGGCCUGCCGGUUCGCAGUCGUCGCAAUGCACCCCAAGCACAAGCACAACAGCAGCAGCAACAGCAAGCUUUGGUUCUAAGCAGUCUCAAUAGCAACAACGACACUAGUGUGGGCUUUAUUGCUCCUCGAAGUCGACGCGAUGUACCCGGCUGUGUGACCAACUACAAUGCGCAACGACAGCUCUGGGUGGGUUGCAGUGCACCAAAUGCAAUCGAUGUGAGUCCCCUGUGCAGUGUGGACGGCGAGGAAGAGUACUCCUGCCAUGGCUCUUGGAGCGAGAAUAGCACCGUCUAUAUUAUAGCCCGACACAAGGGCACCAAGCACGGCGUCUGUAUUAGUUACAGGCCUACAGAAGGCAACUCAGCCAAGCUGGUCGUUGGCGAUGCCUGCUAUCGUGGCACACAGAAGCCGCCGGAUCAUCAUCUGGUUGCAAACCUUUCCGUUUUCGGUAAAUGCGGUGAAACGGGAUCGAGCGCCAGCACAGAUCACUUGGCCAGCUCAUUGCUAUUGUUUGCAAUGCUCACGUGGCUGACGUUGCAAAGCUGAUUUCAUAACAAACUAAACAGUUUGGGACUACACAAUAACGAUUUGUACACGGGCACCAAAGUGCCGCCGCAUAUGCAACACUAAUCCCAACAAAAAACCAAACAACUCCCAAACCAAACUCCCAUUACGAUAAACAUGUAUACAAGACACACAUUUAAGACUUAUUGUACAUUGCAUAUAUAUAUAUAUAUUGUAUGUGUAAGGCGUAAUCAAAUGAUUCAAAUUUGUUUUGCUGUAUAUAACCAAUUUGUUUAUUAUGGUCACCUCCUUUUUUGUUUAGUUCUAAGUGCUUAUAUUAAAGUCGAUAUAUUAUAUUACAAUUACAAAAAAAUGGAAAACAAUAUUAAAACGAAAGAAAAACAAAUAAUGGUUUGCAAUAAAGCCUUAGAGCAAGCGCUGUUUGUAUUAGGCCUAGUAAAACGCGCCUAUUGCUAAAUAUAGCGCUGAAAAUUAAAUAAUUAUAUACAUAUGCGAAAAACGCUAUUUAUUUGUAAUACAAUUAUGCAUAAAAGAAACAAGUUAGAAGCAGCAUGAAAACAAAAAGUUUAUGUGAAGCAUAACAAAACUACAUUAGAUACGAAUGUAAGCUAACAGCUUUUCGUUUCGUAUGCUGAGAUAAAAGUGAAAUAGUGUUUUAUGCAUUUAUUUUUUUAUAUCAUUUCCAAAAUGUUUCCUACGACAAAAGUACACACUGAAAUACUAAAACGAAAACAACCUUCUAGUAACUACAUACACUAAAUUAGUUUUCGUAUUGUUUUCAAAAUGUAAAAACUAACAAAUGCAAAAAAAAGAAACAGAAGCAGAAGCAGAAAAAAGCAUUGUGUACGCGUAUAUUUUGAUGUACAGUGCAAGAUAUUACAAAAUAAGCAUAAUUAUACAUAUACAUACAUAUAUGAAGGAUACAUAAAAUAAUAUAAAUAAAUUUUGCAUAGGAUCACAUUGGUUUCAUAAUACAUAAAUAAUACCUUGCAAAAUAAAAACAUAACUUACAUAUACAUAUUUACGGGGGCGAUUCAAUACACUUGGCUAACGAUUCAGCAAGCAUAAGUGAAUAAAUCAUGAAUGAAUGAAUGGGUUAGAUGAAGUAUUCGAUCUUCAAACUUUAUUAAGUAGCAGCACUCACGUUCAUAAUCAAUCAACUAAUUUCUAAAGACACACAACAAACAAACAACCAAACAAACAAAGACAACAAUGAAUCAGCAAGAAAUGCUAAAAUAAUUAGAGUGUUUAAGGCAAUUAAGCGGUGAUAUAGGUCUAGAAUAAACAAAAAAAAAACACAAAAACGUAAAACAACUGUAUAAAAGCUCUUAGCUCUUAUGAAACGCGCAAGAACAACUGGCAGAGGCAAUGGAGAGAAACAAGUGUAUCCAAAGGAUUUCAGAAACUAGCAUUUUCCCUCGAGAUUACAUAGCGAUUUACAACACAAACCAUUUUUGUCCUAAUUAAAAAUGAUUAAAGAGAAUAAUUAAAGUCAAGAUCCAAUGCGGAUUACAAGUAACUAACAAUUCCGAAUCGAAAAAAAACGAAACCUCUUCCAGGUGCAUAAUUACACACACAUGACUAGUCGAAAUUGAAUGAAGAAAACGUUCCCGAUGAAUCCAUGUAAAUAGCGAAUGAUGUUAUGCGAAUUGAUCAGCAAAUAUAUUAAAAAUUGUACGCGGUGUAUACAUAUGUAACUAAUAUGCUAGUUAGCUAAAGAAACAAGUAUUGAGCAAAUGAAAUAAACUACUUACAUAGGCAAACGCUGGGAGAGAGCAAACAAAGUGCGCUGGCUAACUGAAUAUAAGAGUUACUUCAUAAGUACUACGUAUAAAUAUAUAUAUAUUAUAUAUUUGAAAUAUAUAAACUUAACUGGAGCAUCGGACAGACAAACUAACUAUCAGAAUAUUAAACCGAAAUGCAAUUUAUAAUAAUAAAAGCAGAACACUCAAUCAUUGCAAGAACAAACAAUAGGCAAGGCACUUGAAAUCCACACUUAAAGACAGCCGACACUCCCAGGAGAAGACAAAUCAAUAAAUAGCAAGGUAUAUAUACAUGUAUAAUGGUUACAUAUGGCACUACAUAGCAGCCGUAGGCAAAGAGCAGCAAAGGGCAGUGUCGGGCAGCGGUUAAGGCAGCAAUGAUAACUAAUAUACAUAAAUAUUUUUGAGUGUACCUAUCAAUAAGUAUUUCAAUUUGUUGUCAGCUUUUAAUAAGUAAAUAUGUAAUAACAAAAAAAAAAACAAAACAAAAAACAAACUAACAAUUAAAGCGAGAA